AUGGGCGCAGGCGGCGAUGAUGCGGAGGUGACGAUGCUGGAAGGAGAAGACGAGGAGCUACCCCUUGAGAUUGAGGAUUACUCUUGUAACACAUAUUUUGAAGAGGUUGUGGGGGAUAUUGAACGCUAUCUUGUAAAUGAGUUCCGCACGCGUCCAGAACUCCAGCAGUUUCUUGUGAAUCCGGUGGACCGGCAUCAUUCGCAGCCCACCGACAGGAGCAACCUGAGUAUGGUAUUUGGGCGUAACUUCAUUGUGGGUUGUAAGCGCGGCCAGGGGGAAGGGUGCACAUCACAAGACGAUAACGAGGGUAUCGCUGUAGAAAUUCACGUAUGUGACACUCAGCAGCAGCAGCAGCGGAAGAUGUGGCACCCUAUUGCCCGUCUCUUUGCCCUUCCUAUUUUCUUCCUUGCUCGGGGCACUACAACAGCGUCGUCUUACCAUGUUAGUGAGUCUUCCUAUUACCUUUCACUUCUCACAACAGCGGUGGCACGUGUGAUGCGCGGCCCAUUCUCGCUACGGUUCAAGAGCGACCCCUCCUUCAACACUUCGCCAUUUUUUUAUGCAGAUGGCACAGCGCCAUGUUUUGUUUCGGUGGGGGAUCACUAUCAACUCGCCUUCACGGGUGUGUCACCAGCAUCCAUGCUAGGUGUGGCCGCAAAGAGUGAGAGAGAAGAAUGGACGCUGCAGCGUGUCAUUUCACAGCCUGUAGUGAAGUACCGAUUUCAGUGUAACGCGUAUGUGAGCCCACAGGAGUGGUGCCAAAAUGUUUCCGACUACCUUGACAUGUUCCAGUUGCAGAUUGGGCCGCAGAGUCGCGUCCGCCGGGAUGUCUUUGAUGGCAUUUGUGUUUCGCUGCAGCGGACAUUUCGAUUGACGGUGCCACGGCGGUUUCAACUGGACCACGCGCAGAGCCAAGUGUCCCACACUGAUGGGCGUGCAGGAACCACGUUGGUGUGGCGUGACGUUCUCGAGCUUGAAAACGAAACUAUGCUGCUGUCUGCUGGACCGACGACGUUCCCUUUCGGCACCGGCACCGCACCACUGCAAGGUGUGGAUUUCUCUUUUCAUUGGAGCCAGCUGCAUGAUAUGGAGGUUCACGAAGAUGGAAAGCGUAGCUCCAACUUGAACCCAUUUGAACCAGAUGAAAAAAUAUUACGGAAUAAAUUAACACUCCGGGCCGUGGCGCAUCCAAAAAAAGAGUGUGAACUUAGUCACACCGCGUGCAGAGGGAUUUCAGAGCAUGUCUAUAUGGUGAUGGAGCACAUCUCCUCGGGAGAAAAAUUGCGGCUCCCGCAGAGGAUGCCAGCGACUCUUACUAUCAUAGCUGAUGAAAUUGUAUACAAUCACUCAGUGAGUGUAUGCAAGCAGGCGACUCUUAUUGAUCGACUGACGAAGCACCAGGUAGAGGGUGAGCCUGUCAAGGCAGACAUCCGCAAUGUGUACUUUCCUGGGACAAUUUUGUGCCGUUUUGCAUACAUGUGUGCUAAUCGAAUUGAAGUUGCAGAUGUACGCGCCCUGUGGAACCUGGUGGUGGACCGCCUCACAAUUCUCCUUGAAGGUGGAGGUGAAAGGCGACAUUCAUUGAGGCAACUCAUUGAAUCUAUUGGUCUUCCAGCCGUUGAGGAAAUCAAUCAUGGAAUGCCUCUGUUGGUUCAAAAAUUACAGCUGGUUUCGUAUUGUGCGAAACGAAUGCUUUGUGAGAAUGCGCCUACUUCGGCGAAGUCGUCGGUUGAUGGUUGGGAGGAUGAGACGGACGAUGCUGCCUCGCACAGCAGAGGCGAGGUGUCAGCAGGCCCGUGUGAGACCAUGGGGAUUGGUGUGGCAUCACCACGGAAACGCCUCAUCACCAAUGGUGAACCAUUGGUGGAGCCGCAGGCCCUCCCUAUACCACCAUGCACCUCGGACGUGUUGUUGCUAAAGGCACAGGAACUGCAGAAUCUUGGUACGGCAUCGGCGGGACAACAAACUCGCGCGCUGAUUCAGAGUGAAGGACUCUUCAAUGACAUGUGUUUAUUUCUCUACGCCAACCGAGCACAUGAGGGGCGUGUGGUUCGAUUUCCAGACUUUAUUCAAUGGUACAGCCCACGUGACUUCGUCUCGCCCACAGUUAAGAAGAAAAAGCGCAAUUCCAGGGACCAUAACAACAAGAACGACGACGACGACGACGAUGAUGACACUUAUUUGUCGGAGCGGAUGCGGCGCCACUCCGAUAACGGCUCGGCGAAUGUGUGGUGGCCGUUGUGGAGCCAGGCUAAACCACGGCCACCAGCGGAGAUUAUUACGCGGUCAUUUGUGCCGCAUGAACAGGCGCGACUCGUCCUCCGCUGGAUGGAGAAGGACCUUACCGACACUGACCUCCUCCUCGAGACGGUGCACGCGAACUUUAGCAACGCAGUGCACCGCAUGCUUUCUCAUCGCUCCAUUGAAGGCAAUCCAGCCAUGGCUGCGUAUGCUCGGAGAAAAGGGGAUGCCAUCGCGGCAUGCCUGAAGAAUGCAGUGCAGACGGAGGGUGUUUUCCCCGGUGUCGAAAGCCUCACUACGACGUACUCCAUCGCAAUGCGCCACGUCGGGGAAAUCGAGACGUGUCUCUGCGCUGCCUUGGCGAUUGAGCGUGUUUUGUGCCCAUCCUCCGCGGGUCACGACUCAGCACAACAGCCCUCGCCGGAGCCCGCUGGUGAGACGUGCAAGACACUUGCGCAACUCGUCACCGCACUCGCCUCACCGAGUGAGGUGGAGGAGGACCCAGCAGGGCUUGUACUGCGUGACACCACGGUGUUGUGGGAUGUGUGGCACCGAGACGGCAUCUCGCAGCGUUUUUCCGCCGAUAGCCGAAAACCAGUGGCGAUGCUGUUGCGCGCCACAUGUAUGGCAGAGAGACCUCUCAACACUGCCGCCUGCUUCCAGCAGAUGGUUGCGGAGACGGACGAGACAGGCGUGUUCCGCGUCGCACUUGCCCUGGCGGAGGAAGUUUUGUAG